AUGGACGACUCACCGCGCUCCUCCAAGAGGAGAAAGCUGGACACAGCGACGCCGAAGUCCACAGAGCCUACUUCUAAGGCCAAUGCUUCGAAGCCUUCAACUCGGAAGUCUGGUCGAUUACAAGCAAAAUCCGACGAGCAGCUCGAAGCAACCGAGAGCGACGUACCUACCCCUGGCCGAAGAUCCACCCGAAACCCAGCGAUCACGCAUAAGAGUGCAGUGCGAGGAACGCCUAGAAAGAAUGGGAAUGAAGACCAGGACGUGUACGAUGAUAUAGAGAGUGCGCUACCCCCGAAAGACGAUGCACGCAAGCCCUUGCGGGCGCCCUCCCCUAAAUCGACCGAGAAAAAGACGUCUAAACCGAGACGCAAGUACGGGAAGCAGGUCCUCGACCCCUCCCUACCCCAUCCGUUCAAGGGAAUGGGAGCCAAGUUGCUGCAUUCUACACCAGGUCGUUCUGGGAAGGAGAACACCCCUCCCGAUGCGAGUGCGAGCCUUAGCACGUUCCGCUCCUUGGUUAAUGGGUACAAGCACAGUGCUGAGACUGCCGCUCCAGAUGAGCUGGCACCCGACCGCAAAUAUGCUCCCACUGAGAGGAGUAAAACGGCACAUGCACGAGUACAAGGUAGUCGGAACUUGGAAAGGCCGACAGGUGGUAGUACACCUGACGACCAGGUGUCUGAAUCCUCCCCUUCUAAAAGACGAUCAGGCAGGCAGUCAGCUACUGAAGGACACGAAAGGCCAAAACAGGAUGCCACAGAGGACAAUUCAGCGGUCAUCACAUCCUCUAGAUCUUCUAGGCGACAAGCCUCAGUCCUCGACUCAGAGAAUGAACUAGGUGCGCAUCCCUCAGCGAGCCCGAAGAAACGCGCGCAACGGACACGGCGGGCAAAUCGUGCAGACAAUAUCGGCAACCAUGAUGUUAUUGGCUUAUCAGACAAGUGGCAAGAGGAAGAGGAUAUGGAGAAUGAACAUGCUGGCGAAACGCAGGAGCGGAGUAGCAUUGCAGGCAGCAUCAUCGACCCAACGGAACCCAGCCCCUUCAAUAGACCUAAAUCUCGGAUGCAGGAAGGAAACCCCGCGACACUGCUUCAAGGGUCACUUGCUCCAGGGCCGGACGUCGACCUUCUGAAGUCCAUUGUUAUGGAACGCAUCAUGGCAAAGCGGGCCGUGCCGGUUGUGGGUUUAGAAGAGGAGUACAGGACUGUCUACCAGCUCGUGGAGCACACUGUCACUGCAGGAGAAGGAAAUUCUAUGCUUCUGAUUGGUGCUCGUGGCAGCGGAAAGACUACUCUAGUGAACAGGGUUUUGUCAGAGGUAGGAAAAGAUCACUCCGGGGACUAUCACGUUGUUCGUCUCAACGGCUUCAUCCAUACCGAUGACAAGAUUGCACUACGCGAGAUAUGGCGGCAGCUGGGAAGGGAAAUGGAAAUUGAGGAAGACGGCGGAGUUGGCAAGAACUACGCUGAUACGCUGACUACGCUACUCGCCUUGCUGUCCCAUCCUUCUGAGACAACAGGGGAGCUUACCGACCAGGUAGCUAAGGCUGUCAUUUUCGUAAUGGACGAGUUUGACCUGUUCGCUCUGCAUCCACGGCAAACGCUGCUUUACAAUCUGUUCGACAUCGCUCAGUCACGCAAAGCCCCGAUUGCUGUUUUGGGCCUAACUACACGGAUCGAUGUCGCCAACAGUUUAGAGAAGAGAGUCAAGAGUCGGUUCAGUCACCGUUAUGUGCAUCUUUCCCUUGCCAAGUCAUUCAGUGCUUUCCAAGAGAUCUGCAAGGCAUCUCUCAUGAUACAUCCGGAUCAACUUACUAUUAAAGAACGCGCCAUCCUUUCCUCGACACACGGUGCUAAGACCACCACAGCGAAGGGGAAGAGGAAAUCUGAAGCGGAGCCUCAAGGCAUUCUUGCGACAUGGAAUUCGAACAUCACAUCGCUGUUUUCUUCAAGAACAUUCCUAUCUACCCAUUUAGCACCACACUACUACCUCAGCAAAUCCGUCCCUGCGGCUCUCACCACCUUCCUUCUCCCAGUCGCCAGUCUCUCCGACCCUUCCAGCAGCGUCUUAGCGUCCUGGGAUAAUUCCGCACAAUAUUCCCUCACGCCACCAGACUCGAAGCUCUCCCUCCUCCCAUCCCUAUCCACACUCUCCCUCUCCCUCCUGAUCGCCGCCGCCCGCCUAGACGUCCUACACGACGCCGAUACCUGCAACUUCAACAUGGCAUACGACGAGUACGUAUCUCUCGCAUCGAAAGCCCGGAUUCAGAGCGCUGCAGGCGGCGCUAGUGCAAGCGGCGCCGUGAGCAAAGUAUGGGGCAAAGAAGUUGCGAAGCGUGAGUGGGAAAGUCUUGUUGACUUGGGACUGCUGAUACCCGUCGUGUCCGGGCAGGGCCUUGGGCAAGGUGGAUUCGCGAUGGUGAAGUGCGAUGUUAGUUUGGAGGAGAUUGGUAUUGUGGCGGGGGAGAAGGGGUUCGAGCGGGCGCUGGAGAGAUGGUGUCGGCAGUUGUGAGUUUUGGAUGCAUUUUGCUGAAUUGGCUAAGGGUUUCAUUAUUUGUACGGAAACGAGGCGUGUUUGUGUGUUGCAUGGCCAGCGUGGUGCUGGUCUGUCGAGGCGAUAACCCGGUAUAUGCAUAUCAAUACUCUUCCACAGGCUGGUUGACAGGACAGUGUGACGCACUACUCAACAAAAUGAGGAAGGGGCUUUUGCACAGGCCCUGGCCUAGAAGAAACACGGAGAUUCCCAGUGUGUCUUUACUUUGUCAACCGAACUUUGCUAGCUCAAGUCACACCAAUCAAUCUGGCAACCCUGUUUGCACUUAUAUACUAUCAUCUUCUUCUAUUACUCUAUGUAC